AUGAUCGCUAUUGGGGGUGGUGUGGAAGGGGGUGGUGUGGAAGGGGGUGGUGUGGGGGGUGGUGUGGAAGGGGGUGGUGUGGAAGGGGGUGGUGUGGAAGGGGGUGGUGUGGAAGGGGGUGGUGUGGAAGGGGGUGGGGGUGGUGUGGAAGGGGGUGGUGUGGAAGGGGGUGGUGUGGAAGGGGGUGGUGUGGAAGGGGGUGGUGUGGAAGGGGGUGGUGUGGAAGGGGGUGGUGUGGAAGGGGGUGGUGUGGAAGGGGGUGGUGUGGAAGGGGGUGGUGUGGAAGGGGGUGGUGUGGAAGGGGGUGGUGUGGAAGGGGGUGGUGUGGAAGGGGGUGGUGUGGAAGGGGGUGGUGUGGAAGGGGGUGGUGUGGAAGGGGGUGGUGUGGAAGGGGGUGGUGUGGAAGGGGGUGGUGUGGAAGGGGGUGGUGUGGAAGGGGGUGGUGUGGAAGGGGGUGGUGUGGGGGGUGGUGUGGAAGGGGGUGGUGUGGAAGGGGGUGGUGUGGAAGGGGGUGGUGUGGAAGGGGGUGGUGUGGAAGGGGGUGGUGUGGAAGGGGGUGGUGUGGAAGGGGGUGGUGUGGAAGGGGGUGGUGUGGAAGGGGGUGGGGGUGGUGUGGAAGGGGGUGGUGUGGAAGGGGGUGGUGUGGAAGGGGGUGGUGUGGAAGGGGGUGGUGUGGAAGGGGGUGGUGUGGAAGGGGGUGGUGUGGAAGGGGGUGGUGUGGAAGGGGGUGGUGUGGAAGGGGGUGGUGUGGAAGGGGGUGGUGUGGAAGGGGGUGGUGUGGAAGGGGGUGGUGUGGAAGGGGGUGGUGUGGAAGGGGGUGGUGUGGAAGGGGGUGGUGUGGAAGGGGGUGGUGUGGAAGGGGUGGUGUGGAAGGGGGUGGUGUGGAAGGGGGUGGUGUGGGGGGGUGGUGUGGAAGGGGGUGGUGUGGAAGGGGGUGGUGUGGGGGGGGUGGUGUGGAAGGGGGUGGUGUGGAAGGGGGUGGUGUGGAAGGGGGUGGUGUGGAAGGGGGGUGGUGUGGAAGGGGGUGGUGUGGAAGGGGGUGGUGCGGAAGGGGGUGGUGUGGAAGGGGGUGGUGUGGAAGGGGGUGGUGUGGAAGGGGGUGGUGUGGCCGGGGGUGGUGUGGAAGGGGGUGGUGUGGAAGGGGGUGGUGUGGAAGGGGGUGGUGUGGAAGGGGGUGGUGUGGAAGGGGGUGGGGGUGGUGUGGCCGGGGGUGGUGUGGAAGGGGGUGGUGUGGCCGGGGGUGGUGUGGAAGGGGGUGGUGUGGAAGGGGUGGUGUGGGGGUGGUGUGGCCGGGGUGGUGUGGAAGGGGGUGGUGUGGCCGGGGGUGGUGUGGAAGGGGGUGGUGUGGAAGGGGGUGGUGUGGCCGGGGUGGUGUGGAAGGGGGUGGUGUGGCCGGGGGUGGUGUGGAAGGGGGUGGUGUGGCCGGGGGUGGUGUGGCCGGGGUGGUGUGGCGGGGGUGGUGUGGCCGGGGGGUGUGGAAGGGGGUGGUGUGGCCGGGGUGGUGUGGGGGGUGGUGUGGAAGGGGGUGGUGUGGCCGGGGGUGGUGUGGCCGGGGGUGGUGUGGCCGGGGGUGGUGUGGCCGGGGGUGGUGUGGCGGGGGUGGUGUGGCCGGGGGUGGUGUGGGGGUGGUGUGGGGGGGUGGUGUGGGGGGUGGUGUGGCCGGGGGUGGUGCGCGCCGGGGGUGGUGUGCCGGGGGUGGUGUGGCCGGGGGUGGUGUGGCCGGGGGUGGUGUGGCCGGGGGUGGUGUGGAAGGGGGUGGUGUGGAAGGGGGGUGGUGAGCGACCGGGGGUGGUGUGGCCGGGGGUGGUGUGGCCGGGGGUGGUGUGGCCGGGGGUGGUGUGGCCGGGGGUGGUGAGAAACGGAUGGUGUAAAGAGCGUCCUUGA